AUGCUUGCUCAGGGAAAACGAUUUAACGUCUACGCGCUGCAAGGUGGUGUUGGUAAGGCGGUGAGACCAGAAACAGAGCGGUUUUAUCACUUGGCACAUUUAGAAAGGGGCAUGAUAAGAAAAUUCGAAUUUGAAACUAUCGACUCAUGUAAAUACGGAUCAGUGCCUGCGUAUUACAGGCGAGAAGACCAGAUCUGUGCGGUUGAAACUUCCAUGUCAGGUGAAUUAACCGAGGGCUCAACAGGAUCACCGGUGGUGGGCAAAACUAGAAAUAGAACGGAGGUGUACGGUUUUGUCACCGCUAAAAUCUACCGAAAUUACGUCAGUUUCACGGCAAUGGUUCCAAACGUUGAAUUUCUGCAUGCGGCUGCAAGACAUUCGACCAGCAUGCCGGACGGUCGCAUCAGAAAGCUUCGACGAGCGGGGACAUCCUUCGAACUUGUCACCUGA